AUGGGCGGCUUAGUGGAUGGGCGGCUUAGUGGAUGGGCGGCUCGCAAGCUGACAAUUAAGGAUAAGGAGUACCUGCAUCUCCUGGUUAAGCCUCCUCCAGCUGCGCUGCGCGGACUGCUCAUCCUAAGGGGAUAUGUGAAGGUUUACAAUGUGAGAGGUAUUGAGCAGGAAACACAGGUCACAGAGAGGGAAUGCAGGAUAGGGGGG